AAGCAAGACUAAAUAAAAUUGCAUUCGUAUAUAUACGCGGGAAUUGUACGCUCCUUAGUAAUUCCAUUUACGUCGUUCAUAAUGAAUAAACUAGUGUUUUUCCUCACUUUGUUCCUCUUGCAAGUGUACUGCGAUGCGCGCGAAGGUGCGAAUGUAAUGUGUUUACAAGAACUUAAAACUGGAAUGUGCUUCGGAUAUUUUCCUAGAUAUGGGUACGAUCCUUCCAUAAAACAGUGCAAGAAGUUUGUCUACGGUGGUUGUCAUGGAAACCAGAACAACUUCGCGACAUUGGAGGAAUGCGAAAAGAGACUUGCACAGGACUCAAUUAAAACAUUACAAUAAUUGUUCUAAAAUAACGCUUUAAAAUUA